CAGGAUUAGUGUUUGGUUUGGUAGUAAAAUCACACUGACUCACUCUUCAACGUAACUGCAGCAGAGGAAGACAACAAAGACGGUUGUUCCACAGAAACCGUCUCAGCCUGUUCACAGCUUCUUUCUGACUGAUUGGUAACAGCUCUGAGGUCAGUGAGUGGAGGAGGAAGCUGAGUCAGGAUAAGAAGCUGAAGAACCUUUAAUUAGCUCGCGCUCACUGACCUGCUGCCAUAACAGGAAGAACCCGGGCCAGGGGAAUAAGCCUGUUUCCUCUUUGGUCAGUCUGGGUGAUCUCCAUGAAACAAGCUAUGGAGGACGUUGUCAACGAGGUUCUGUCCAGUGUGGUGCAGGACGUGGGCCAAGCCGUUGACAGAAACGUCACCGGCGCUCAGAUUCUGCAGGAGCUUCUGAGUGCACCGUGGCUGCGUGCCCUACUGAAGAUUUACGAGCGUCUGAUGGAGUUUCAGAGAUUGAUGCCCGGCCCUCUACUGCCUUAUGCCUCAGGACUCUCACUGGAGAUCAUGUCUCAGUUACAGAAGCCCCACCGCCCGUCAGCUGAGGCCAGAGAGCUCUACAACCUCCUCAGUUCACCUCACAUCCAGGCCCUCCUGUCGUCUCACGACAGCAUUGCACGGUCGGACUAUGGACCUGUUCUACCACCCCUGCCUGAUGCGUUACCCGAGGAUGAGGAGGCCAUAAGGAUCGUCUGUCUGGUGAAGAACAACCAGCCGCUGGGCGCCACCAUAAGGAGAAAUGAGGAGACAGGAGAGAUCUACGUUGCCAGGGUGAUUCAUGGAGGCCUGGCCGAUCGCAGUGGGCUACUCCAUCCUGGUGACAUGUUGGUGGAAGUGAACGGCAGCCCUGUGGGGGGUCUGGAGCCAGAGCAGGUCAUCCAGAUCUUGAUCAAUUCUCAGGGAACCAUCUUGUUUAAAGUCAUCCCAAAUUCAGCCCAGAUCCCCAGCAGCCAGAAACCGGUAUACAUGAGGGCCAUGGUGGACUACUGCCCCCAGAAGGACCCGACCAUCCCCUGUCCUGACGCUGGCAUGGCCUUCAGCAGAGGAGACCUGCUGGAGGUGGUGGACCAGUCGGACGGACAGUGGUGGCAGGCCAGGAAGCUGCCCUGCACCACGUCCUGCGCAGCUGUCAUUCCCUCUGCCAGCAUGUUGAAGAGCAAACAGCGGGAGCAGUGGUGGUGUCAGCCUCUCCACAUUCACACGUGCAUCCGACCCUUGACCCCAGCUGAUCACGACGAUGAUCUCCCGCAGAUGCAAGACAAAUGCACUGGGAAAGAUCUGGAGGAGAUAAAUUUUGACCAGGCAGAGUCUGACGUGACUGACGGCAUCUACCUGGCUGGUUUCCGCCGAAGUUUCCGUCUGUGGAGGAGGUCGUCCUACGGGAGGAGGCGGCAGUCCUGCACUUCCUGCUCACCCAACGCCACCCUGUCCUCCCCCUACGAGGAGGUGCUUCUGUACCAGCGUCCACCAGAGGAGAACCACCGCCUCAUCAUCCUCGUGGGGGCUUCGGGCGUUGGGGUGAAUGAGUUAAGGAAGAGACUCAUCAAACUGAACCCGUCCACCUUCCAGGGACCCGUGCCCCACACCACGCGUCCGGCCAGAGCCGAGGAGCACACGGGGAGAGAGUACCACUUCAUCACCAAGGAGCUGUUUGAGUACAUGGCCUGCAACCACAGGUUUGUGGAGUAUGGGGAGUACAGGGGCCACCUGUACGGAACCAGCACCGACGCCAUCCAUGACGUGAUCAAACAAGGGCGAGUGUGUGUUGUGGACGUAGAAGCACAUAGCGUCCCAGCACUGCGGACGAAGAAGCUGAAGCCCUACGUGGUUUUCAUCAAAGCCCCGAGUGCAGACAGCCUCAGACAGACCCGCAGAGACUCCCGAGUUAUCACCAACUACUCCAUCAACAGAGCUUUCACAGAGGACGACUUCACAGAGCUGGAGGAGGCGUCUCGGCUCAUUGAGGCCAAGUACAAGCAGUUCUUUGACAGCGUGCUGGUGAAUGACGACGUGCAGGACUCCUGCAUUCAGCUGUGCUCCAUCAUCCAGCAGGCCCAGGACGAGCCGCAGUGGAUCCCCAUUAGUUGGAGCCGAACAGAGGAGUAGAACCACAGAGAAGGAUUUCACACAGGCACGGACAGACAGAGAGCAGGGAGCCAACCUGAGACUGUGUCAUCAUAGUCAGAGAAUGAUGUCGUCAUAGUCAAAGAAUGAUGUCGUCAUAGUCGGAGAAUGAUGUCAUCAUAGUCAGAAAAUGAUGUCAUCAUAGUCAGAGAAUGAUGUCGUCAUAGUCAGAGAAUGAUGUCAUCAUAGUCAGAAAAUGAUGUCAUCAUAGUUAGAGAAUGAUGUCGUCAUAGUCAGAGAAGAUGAUGUCAAAUAUGAUGUCAUGGACUGUUGAAUCUCAUGUGUGCUAAUUAAACAACAACCACAAAAAUUGA